GGCAUUGCAGCAGAGUCAUAGACAGAUAGACUACUCUGCCAGAUGCUUUAUGAAGCAUUCAAGGAAGCAGUGGAGAGAAUUGCCCACCUACACGAUCUUAUUUGCUUCCAUUGACAAAGGCUUCUUCAACGUCAAUGCUUUCAUCACGCCUUUGAUAACUUGGAAGAAAUUCAUCUUCGAAACUCAUCAAUCGAAGGAGGAAAAAACCAUUUUUUCAAAUGACCAGGUAACUUCAAAUCUUUCUUGAUUCAGAUUUUUGAUUAAUUUGACCUUAUUGGUCUCCUUUUCCGUUAUUUUCGCCUUAUUCAUUCUUCUUUCACGUAGUGAUUUGUCCACUCAUGUGAUACAUUGAUGAGAGACCAAAACUUGCAUAAUCACAUCUGUCCCUCGGAUUUCUAUGCUUUGCUCCUCCAGAAGAGCCUUAAAAUCAAGGACCCGUUCUCCACCAGAUUGGUCCAUGCCCGUAUAAUCAAAUGCGGCCUACAUUUAGGCCAGUUUCUCAUGAAUAAUCUCAUCAAUGCAUAUGGGAAAAAUGGGAUUGUUUCUGAUGCUUGUAGGCUGUUUGAUGAGUUGCCUACAAGGGACGCAUCUUCCUGGAAUACAUUGCUUUCUGCUUAUGUAAAAAAUGGCUUGAUCCAUGAAGCACAACUCCUAUUUAGAGAGGUGCCUUGUCCUGAUGAUGUCACUUGGACAACUAUGAUUGUUGGGUAUAAUUUUAUUGGUCAGUUCAAAGUUGCAAUUAAGAUGUUUAUGGAGAUGAUUUUCUGCUAUGCUUCGCCUACACAGUAUACAGCUACAAGCAUUCUUGCUUCUUGUGCUGCAAUUAGAUCAUUGGAUUUAGGCAGGAAAGUGCAUUCUUUUGUUGUGAAAUUCGGUCUAAGUAGGCAUGUUUCUGUAGAUAAUUCGUUGUUGAAUAUGUAUGCCAAAGCAGGUGAUCUUAGUACAGCUAAAAUUAUUUUUGAUAGGAUAGCUGUAAAGAACAUAUCUAGCCUGAACACAAUGAUUUCAUUGUACACACAUACGGCCCAGGUAGAUCUUGCACUGGCACUCUUUGAGCAAAUGAAUGACAGGGACAUUGUUUCCUGGAAUUCAAUCAUUGCAGGUUAUAAUCAACAUGGAUUUGAUGUUGCAGCAUUGAGUAUGUUUUAUAGAAUGCUUAGGCAAUCCUCAUUGAAGCCUGAUAAAUAUACUUUAGCAAGUGUGUUAUCAGCUUGCACUAAUCUUGAAGUGAUCCACAUAGGGAAACAAAUUCAUACUCACAUUCUUAGAACCGCGUUUGACACUUCUGGGGCGGUUGGGAAUGCUCUGGUAUCCAUGUACUCCCGAUGUGGAGCAGUAAGCACCGCCCAAACCAUUUUGGAGCAAAGUAAAAUAUCAGAUUUAAAUGUUAUUGCUUUUACAGCCCUAUUGGAUGGUUACAUUAAGCUUGGUGAUAUAGAUCCAGCAAGGAAGAUCUUUGACUCUCUAAAGAACCGGGAUGUGAUUUCAUGGACCGCUAUGAUUGUCGGCUAUGUGCAGAACGGCUUCUACAAUGAUGCAUUGGAUCUCUUUAGAUUAAUGUCUCAAACAGGUCCAGAACCCAAUAGCUAUACACUAGCAGCUGUGCUUAGUGUUUGCUCAAAUUUAGCAUCUUUGAAUCAUGGCAAACAAAUCCACGUUGCCGCCCUAAAAUCAGGGGAAGCAUCAUCAAUUUCUGUGAGUAAUGCUUUGAUCACCAUGUAUGCAAAGGGUGGAAGCUUAAGUUGUGCUCGUAGUGUGUUUAAUUUGAUACUACUUGAAAAAAGAGAAACAGUAUCUUGGACUUCGAUGAUCUUAGCAUUCGCUCAACAUGGAUUUGGAGAGGAAUCCAUACAGUUAUUCGAGGAUAUGCUGGUCAUGGGCAUCAGGCCCGACCAUAUUACUUAUGUGGGUGUUCUCUCUGCCUGUAUACAUGUUGGCUUAGUGGCAAAAGGCCGUCAAUACUUCAAGAUGAUGAGUGUUGUCCAUAGUAUUGAACCCACUCCAAGCCACUAUGCCUGCAUGAUCGACCUCUUCAGCCGUGCUGGACUACUACAAGAGGCACAAGAUUUCAUAGAGAAGAUGCCUCUUGAACCAGAUGCCAUAGCUUGGGGUUCACUUUUAGCGUCAUGUAAGGUUCACAAGAAUGUUGAGCUGGGAAAACUUGCAGCAGAGAGAUUGCUUAAAAUUGAUCCUGAAAACAGUGGGGCCUACUCGGCACUUGCUAAUGUAUAUGCUGCUUGCAGGAAGUGGGAGGAAGCUGCUAAAAUCAGAAAAUUGAUGAAGGACAGACAGGUGAAGAAAGAACAAGGAAUUAGCUGGGUUCAGAUAAAGAAUGGAGUCCAUGUUUUCGGAGUUGAAGAUGGGCUCCAUCCCCAAAGGGAUGCUAUAUAUCAGACGAUGGAGAAAAUAUGGAAAGAGAUUAAAAAACUGGGUUUUGUUCCAGACACUGAGUCUGUGCUGCAUGAUCUUGAUAAUGAGUUGAAAGAGCAACUCCUUCGACAUCACAGUGAAAAGCUUGCUAUUGCAUUUGGUCUGCUAAAUACCCCUGACAACACUACUUUAAGGAUCAUGAAAAACCUUAGAGUUUGUAAUGACUGUCACUCUGCCAUUAAAUACAUCUCCAAGCUUGUUGGCAGAGAAAUUAUUGUUAGAGAUGCCACUCGUUUUCACCAUUUCAAAGAUGGGUUUUGCUCUUGUAGGGAUUAUUGGUAAGGGUUGUUGGUAAACCUUCAUCUGUCAGCUCAAGACUGGGACAUGAUUUCGUUUGCCUGCACCAAAUGCUGUAAGAUAUGAGAAACUUCUUGAUAGAAAAUUUGUUCAAGAUUGGACAGAUAACUUAUUGAAGAGGAGGAGUUUCUGCAGUUCAAAUACCUUCAAGGUAACAUUUCAUUGCAGUUAGCAUGAUAUACUGCCAUAACUUUACCGGCUUUUUCAUUAAAUAAAUGGGAGUUUUUCUCUUUUUAACUGGAAAUGGAAAAACGGGAAAGUACGUGUUGAAGUUGAAACAGCAUUUCAAACCGGGAAACUGUGGCAAGUAAUGUUUUUUCACUCCUUUUUUGGGUGUAAUGCUUUUCAUUUGGAGGACGAAAAAUAGACAAAAUGUAUCUGGAAAUUUAAAAGAGUUUUUCAUACUAACAUGGCACUAUGUAUUUCUUGUUAACUUGGACCUCGUUCUUAAGUUAUGUCUCUUAUGCUUCGUUUUGUAUCAGGACUUUGUUAAGGAAAGGGUCCGUGAAGCCAAAAAUAUGAACCAAGAGGUAUUUGGUUAAAUAUCUUGCAAACAUUAGAAUUUUCAUGAGAAACAUCUUGUCUAUUUUGUUUCAUUUCACCACUUCAAUUUUGUAUGAUAAGCAAGGGGAGCCUGAAGAAAGCAAUGUUAAAUGAGCGAGUAAAUAAAUGCUGCAUUUGGAAAUAUGAGAUUCUACAGGAUAUAUCCUGUCUACUCACAUGAUGCUUUUGAUGUAUCUCAUGUGAAGGUCAAGUUCACGAAUAUCAAGUUUUUUCCUUGUAUGGUAUUUAUAGACAUCAUAAAGAUGGGAUCAUCUAAAUAUUUGUCUCUAAAAAGUUUAUGAUACUAGGAGGCUGAAGUGGCUGGAUUGGCCGAUUUUGCUGAUUUAUGACAGAAUUAUAUUUAAAAUAUUAUUUAUUAAUAAAAUUUAGAGAAAAAUGUAUGAAAAAAUAGCUAAAAUCACCCUCUACAGUAACGUAAGCCAAUACAGCCAGAAAAGUAACUACAACCUUACUUUUUCUAAUUAUUACACAAUUCAGCGAGCGAAAUCAAAAGUUACAUGUUUGGUGAAAAAGUUGGCUGAUAAGUCUAAUAACCCGAAAAACAGGGUUACCAGAUGGGCUCUAGAUGGUUAUGUAACUAGAUGCUAUAUAAGCUGAGACAGAAGCCACACACCCUUAGACUUUAUACAUGCAUGAUGCAUCCAUAACAGCAUUGAUUGGUAGUGAAGGCUCUUGUACUCUACUUAAAAUUGUUAAUCUUUUCCAUCAAUCGAUGUAUCAAUGACCUAAUCUGGAACACUAGUUUUCAGUUUUCAGUAAGUUGAGUGUGUUAAGAUGAAUGAUCCUUACCAUGAGUUAGAUCUCUCUUGUUUGUACCCUCUAUGAUUUUUGAGAAAUCUCGAAUGCCUCUCCUCAACCUGUGAAGUGAAUUAAGUAUCAGAGUUUACCUUAUUAUCUCACAUAUCUAUCUUUCUUGCAGUCAUGCUUGAUUGGCUCCAGAGGGUUCUGCAUUUGAUGCUCAUCAGUAUGAUAUCAAAUAGAAUUGUACGUUUGAUUAAACAUUUUCAAUCUUCUUUACCUGCAUAAAUAGACGGGUGAAGACACGGUUCUUGACCCCCCGGAAAAAGUAUUUUGUAUUUCACAUAUACUCCAGUACCAUUUAAAAUAUUAGAGUUGGACCCGUAGUCUGGUCCAGCGUAUUGCCUCUAUAGGAUAUCUAUUGAUGUGAUAUUUUGUCAUUUUUCACGUCCUAUAAUGAGGUGUAUGAUAUCUUUGACUCCAUAGUCUUGCAAGAAAGCCUCCUUAGAGGAAUAUAUGCCUAUGGUAAUUGUUUCCAAAUUCCAAUGUUUAUUUUUUUUAUACGACUUGUACUAUGAAUUUAUAAGCUGAAAACAUAUUGCGUUCUUUGCAACUUACUAGUAGAACACUAGGGUUUAAAGCUGACAAUAUACUGCCUUGUAAUUGUGCAAGUGGAAUACUAGAUUGAGUCCUAUUAUGAACAUAUAUGUCAUUUUGAAUAGCUGAGGUGAAACCUUGUUUAUUCAAUGGGCUCAAGUGCUGAUUUUAUGCAUUUUACAAGUUAACUUGACUAUGAAAGUUUUAACAUUAGCUUCCUAAGGAGCUACAUGAGCUUCUCAGACAAUUAGUUUAAAUUGAUAGUGAACUUCCCCAGUUAAGUUACCAUGACACUACAUUGUAGUAAGUUUUGUUUUAGUAAGUUUUGUUUGUAAAAAACUCCUUUAUUUUCUCUCAAAGUUGGAGGUUACUAUAUAGAAAUUCUCCAAACCUUUAAUUCUUUAAAUAUAAGUAUAUAACCAUAGAAAUUAGUACUACAGAAGUGUUUGCAACAACUUUUAAAACUGAUGUUUAGUUGUUGCUAAAAAAGUGUUGUUAAAUACAUUCUUUAAUUUAAAUCAAGUGAAAUUUAAAGUUAUAAACUGUAAAAGUAGUGUGUUUAAAACAUUUUUUCACUUUUUCUAUUAAAGAAAAAAUAUAAUUUUUCAUGACUUACUUUUUCAAAUUUAUUUAGUAUUCGAUCAGAGAAAGUCCUGUAUAGGUCAUAGAGCUAAGUCGUCAACCUGUUCUGAUCUGGCUGCUAUAAAGCCUAUUCUGCAUCCCCUCUUUGACCUUUUGGAUUGUGUUCACCCCUGUCCAUUCAUUGCUUAUUCAUAUCAAAGAGAAACAAUGUCGUAUCAAGAUAGGGUUUUGCAAACACCUUCUGCGUCUCCAUCAUCUCACCCUACUGGUCAGUUUUCCAUCCUUGGAUUUUUUUUCUCUUGUUAAAAUAUAUUCUUUUUCAUGAAAUGUGCUCGUUGAUUUGCAUUGGCACCAGCGGUCCCAUUUUCAGGUUAUCUUUCGAAUGAAGAUUAUGAUUCUGAGAUUGCUAAGAAAGAACUCAAAUCUAUAUCCAAAAUUUCCAAGUCCUCCAACGAUCCAGAGGUGGCAAGGUGUUCCGGUUUGCGGAUCGGUAAGUUACUGACGUGAUUGAAAUAGUUUUGGUGCUAAAAGCUGUAUUUUUUAAGUAGGCAGUUGAGGUCUAGUGUUCUAAAUUCUAAUGUGGAUAUCUUAGGAACCAAUUAGUCUCUCCCGUGGAGCUUAGCAACCAUUUGUCUGAUAUCUGAUUUGUUCAGUUACACUUGAGAUUUUUUUUAAAUAGUCCUUGUUUAAUUGCAUUGUAGACCGUGAGUUUCAUGAUCAAAUAUAGGAAUUUGCUUUCUGGAGAUACACAUUUGGGGUGUUGGGCAACAAUUAGAAUCUUAACUGAGAUUAGACAACCAAGGACUAGCUCUUCCGGAAAGCUAUAUGCAAUAUGGAAAAUGGGGUGCUUGGAUGAAAAGACUCAGUUUUUUUGUUUGGUGAUGCUUAUAAGAGACGUACGAAUGAGAAGCUUGGGGAAGUGUUUGCACUUUUCAAUUGCAGUGUUCAUAAGGAUAAUUCAGUACAAUUGUUAGACCAAUAUCAUUCAUUAAUGGCUAACUUUCAAUAGCUCAAAGCUUUUGUUUGAGCCCAUUCCAGCAAGUAGCAUUAAUGGAAUUGCAAGGGGACAAGGAAGGAUGGAAUGGCUUGCACACUGUUCAUUAAUUAGUAUUUUGCUUCAACUCUACAUCAUAUGUGUAUCAGUUCAUCUGUUAAAAAAAGAUGUGCAUUUAGGAAUUAUCCCAAAUCUGUCUCUGUGAGACAUUGUUUUUGGCUACAGAUGGUGAUUAUCAGAUGGUUUCUGCUCGAUAUAUGUUUUAGGAAACUAAGAAACUCUAGGACAGUUUUCUAUUGAUAUUUGCAUUUUCUAGUUAACUAACAUAUAUAUUUAGUUUUCACAGAAAUUUAAUAUCCAGGAUCAUAAUGCAC